AUGGUGUGGCAGGAGAACUCCAAGACCAUUAUAAUGCUGACAAAUCCAACAGAAACUGGAAAGCGUAAAUGCGACCAAUAUUGGCCGGAUGAAGGCUCCCAAGUAGCUGCAGGAAUCACAAUAGAAUGUCUUGGAGUCGAUAAGUUGCCUGACUUCACAAUACGCACAUUUCUUCUGCAGAUGAGUGGUGUGUCGAAAAUUGUCAAGCAAUUUCAUUAUACAACAUGGCCGGAUCAUGGCGUACCUAAAUUUGGUAAUUCACUAAUUUUGUUCCGACAAAAGAUACGUGCGUUCGACCGGCUCGACAAUGGACCGGUUAUUGUUCAUUGCAGAGACAUUUUAUUCAUUUCAUUAUCCCGCUGGAAAAUAUUUUCUUCUGUGAAAUAUUUUUUCGCAUCGCAUUCUUUCCGAAUCUCUUUCCCUAUCUCUCUCUCUCUUUCUCUCUCUAUUUAUCUCAAUAAUUUCUUAGAUCUAUCUAUCUAUCUAUCUAUCUAUCUAAACCUCUGUCUGCGUCCCUCUGUCUAUAUCAGCCUAAUCAUAUCUAUCUAUAAUCCAUCUAUCUAUCUAUCUAUCUAUCUAUCUAUCUAUCUAUCUAUCUAUCUAAAUGUAUAUAUCUAUCUCAGCCUCUAUCUAUCUAUCUAUAUAUCUAUCUAUAUAUCUAUCUAUCUAUCUUGUCUAAUUAUAUCCAUAAAUAUAUGUUACCUUAAAAUUAUUUUUUAUCUAUCUAUCUAUCUAUCUAUCUAUCUAUCUAUCUAUCUAUCUAUCUAUACAAUAAAAUAA